CAUAGAUAUUGAGGUCCAUCAUGUUCACCGUCUUGCCUCCCAGCUAUGACAAAUAAUCUGCUUCCUCGGCCAAUCUACCUUCAAAACUACGCCCAUUAGGGGAAAAAAAAAUGAGCACUGAAUCAACCUUCGAAGGACUAGCAAAGUCCACUUCUUACAAGUCAUCUGCAACAGCGGAUCUUCAAUCAGCUUACAAACAUAAUAUAUCUGAACAAGACCGCACUACUGAAGAAGAUCGUCCAGCUGAAGAAGAACCAUUGGAGUGCUUGGUCUAUUAUCUCUUUUCACAUUCCAUCCUUCGGCUGGCUCGAAAGCCACUGAUCCGCUACCUUCAGGACCAAGCCACCUUCAAGCCUAUUCGCCAUAGCCCGUCGCUUGAGAUCAUCACAGACUUGCCUUCAAUGCUCUUCGGCAGCCUUCCGUUGUUAAUAUCGAUAUGGGCAUUGACCAGCUACUGUUGGAUCCCUUUAUGCGGACUGAUGAUAUGGGAACGUACAGGCUCUGAUGUGGUAUAUGAAUGCCUGUCAUGGAUCCUGAAAGGGUUUGGGAUUGUGAUGAAUGUUAUGGGAACAACAUACGAGGGCAUCACGACGAUGAGAACUUCCACAGUCAUAUCAAACGGAUCUCGACGGCCUUUGCAGUGGGUAGACGGCCAGAUGGAUGACGAUGGACCGCGGGGAAGUCUUUUAUAUCCCACUCCUGUUAUGGGACCUCCCAGCACGGCAAUGGUCAGAAUACGAUAAAAAAGAAAUGGUGUAUUAUAUCUGUUAGAUAAAGAGUAUAUCGUCGACGUAAUGGUAGGAUG